GUAUGGAACACGCCCUGCCUCGAGCUAAGUGUAGGCGGUGCACAUUUAAAACAACGUUGUAUUGCUCCGUUACCUCACACGAACGUGUACGCGUCCACGCUAACGGAAAAAGGACCACAUACUCCGAGUUGAAGGUGAGAGCCGGUAAAGAGGCGUUCAAGGCUCCGUAUAACUACUUCCGGGUUACGAGACUUCACAAUGAAAGUCUACACGUUUUAUGCGCAUAGUUAUCCUAAGCUCGUUCUUAUGUUCAACACUUUAUUUUGACGGCCUCUGUCUGACACGGAAGUGAGUCGCAGACAGAAAGGGGACGCUCUGCGCUUUACGUCUGCAACUUGUCGGUACAUGUCCAGCUCGGUUGCUGAUCGCCGCCCAUUCAUGAAUGAAGUUCAAAAGCCCUCAGCGGGCUGACGGUGCGGCGCCCGUCCACAAACCCACCGGAGCUGAGCAUCUGAUGGCCGGAACCGAGCUGCGGCCGGACAAUACAUGUUUACGGAACUUCAAGAAGUUACCGCUGUGGAUCAUAGAGUACGUCUGGGCUCACAAGACGAUGGACAUACAGGAAGUGGUGGACCCGUCCAAUUGGCCGGAGGGGGACUCCCAGCCCCUGAGCCUCAAAGACUCGUGGAGGCUGCGCGUGGCCUCUGCCGAGGUCUAUUCCAUCGUGAAGAACAGGGACGUGGAGCGCUUUGAGAGAGUGAUGAGCUUUCUGGAAGCCACUUACAGCCUGCUACCCAGACUGGUGGCUCCCAUCAAGCACAUGAAGAUCAUGUUUGGCCUGAAGACCAUGGUCAUUAUGAGGAUGCUCGGGGAGGGCCGAGGAAUCGUUGAUACAGUGUUAAAAACCAGCCAGUUCUUCCCACGUAGACUCCCUCAAUAUCAAGGUCAAUGUAGCCAACAUGCAAUGUUCCUCAUGAGGAAGAACCAUCUGGACUUCAAGGUUCUGGCACAAGCACUUGCUAUGGACAAGAACAAACUGGAAGAUUAUAUUAAGAAUCAGAUGGAGGAGCAGUAUGGUGAACACUAUGCCCAGAAAGUAGAGGACCGACUGCUGCACUAUCUACAGGAGUUGGAGACCGCGCUCCCAGUAGAUACCUACAUUGACACGAUACUGAAGAAAGAAAGCCCCGUGACUGAGGAGGAGAAGCUGCUGCUGGAAGUAAUUGCCUCCGACUCCGCCGACAUAGCGACCACUCUGAAGAACCUGCUGCAGUGUGAUGCUGCUUCCUGUCGUCCGGGCGGCGUUUCUGAGUCAUCAGCACAUCGAAGGAAUGGAUUGGAGAGCUCUCCACUCUCAAAGGCUCUCCUCAACUCAAUGGAAGCCCAGGCUCCCCUUCAGCUUCAGCCGAAGGCUUUUCGGGGAGGAAUGGAGGCUGAGCAAGAUGUGCCCAAAGACCGGCUCCUGCUGUUGGAGAAUGACAAUGUUUCAAAAACAGAGGAGGAUGUUGAGGUGGUCAGCAGGUCGGAGGAAGACAGCAGUGACGAGGAGAAGAAAGGAAUCAGUCCGAGGAGCAGGGGAGGUGUUAAGGAGGCCCCCACCUCCCCUCAGUUCUGCUCCAAGCACCAACGAUGGGUGAGGAGCAUCCUGCAGGAGUGUCCCGACGAGUGCUCGGAGGAGCUGCUGCUUCAGGCCAAUGUUUCUUCAUCCCCCCCGCUGUUCCAGUCCUCCUCAUCCACCACUUCAUCGCAGGACCUCACGCCCUCUGGCAUCGUCCUAUGCCCCCCUGACCAACAACAUCCACCUUCGCAGACCUCCACCCAUCUUCAGACAGCCGUCCAAGCAUCUGAGCAGGUGAACCCCGAAGACGAGCAGCGCUCCGGGUCACCUGGCUUAGCAAGUGAUGGGACUCAAAUGGAACCCGUACCACGGCCCUCUUCGUCCAGAGGCACGCAGCCCCCCAUCCUGUUGUCGCCGGUGGUCCGACUGAUAGACAUUGCCUCCGUCGGAGGGUCCUACCCUAUCUUUAAACCCCAUCGAGCGCCUCUAAAUGACUCCACCGUGUUGAGUAACAAACAGGUGGCUUCCGCUCCUAGUCCCCAGGUGCUAACCUCUCCACCCUGUCAUACCCCAUGGAGCAACGCCACACCUCUGGGAACAAUGAAAGACACUACAAUCGACCAACCAGAAAUGGUGGCAACGUGCAACGUGACAACGGCUCCUUUAUCUCAGGAUGGCUCUGCCAGCUGCCAACCACCAACCCAAAGAUCUUUUUCCAAACUUUCAAGAAAGUUCAGACGGGCCUGUGCUCCCACCAGACCUUCUCAGGCACUGGGCGGAUUCAGUCAAACACCUUUACCUGAGCAGUUCAUGAAGGCCCCAACAACCUUUUGUAGUCCCUUACCCGACUACAAUGUCUCUGGGCCUCCUACAGAAGAUGCUUCUACCUCUACUCCUCAAGGUGCACGACCUCAUCGUGAGUCAAAGACUCGGGGGCAUAGGAGGCCGUGCUCCACUGCUGUCCUCAAUGAUUGCCUGGCUGUCAGGUCUGAGACCAGCAGAGUCCGAAGAGCCAAGCUGAAGUUGUUGCGGCCAAGUCCGGCUUUGCUUCUGGAGUCCGAGCUGCUACAGCCCUACGUAAGUCUUUACAGACUAAGUGCUCAGGAGUGCUAUGGAGGUACUAAGCCGAGAUCCUCCACCAGUUGUGUGGAGGCUGUAGUACGAGCCAGCAAUGAUGACGAGAAGGAAGAUGCAGAUUUGUCUUUUGAUGUGAACACUCUUUACUCCGGUGACUCUUCCAGCAGUGACAGUGAGGACACGUUUCAUUGCGACCCCGAGUACAAACCUCGCUUUAGAAAGAAAAGACUUCUCUAAGAGGAGCACGGGAACUCGCACAGGGUCUGAAGGUGUGACGGCACUCUGGAGGCUCGGACACUCUGCACUGAUAAAUAUUUUAAUAUGAACAAUGAAGAAUGAUGCAUUUAACAUGGUUAUAGUAAAUACAUGCAUGUUGCUUCAUGACUAAAUAAAGCUGUUACAUGACA